AUGUCGUCGAUGCGAGGCUUGGUCCAAUUCAUUGCGGACCUGCGCAAUGCCAGGGCGAGGGAACUCGAGGAGAAGAGGAUCAACAAGGAACUGGCCAAUAUCCGGCAGAAGUUCAAGGACGGGAAUCUGAACGGCUACCAGAAAAAAAAAUACGUCUGCAAGCUGCUGUACGUCUACAUCCAGGGUUACGAUGUGGAUUUCGGUCACCUCGAGGCCGUCAACCUGAUCUCGGCCAAGAACUAUUCCGAAAAGCAGAUUGGAUACCUGGCCGUCACCCUGUUCCUCCACGAGCAACAUGAGCUCCUCCACCUGGUUGUCAACAGUAUCCGGAAGGACUUGCUCGAUAUGAAUGAGCUGAAUAACUGCCUGGCGCUGCAUGCGGUGGCCAAUGUCGGAGGCCGCGAGAUGGGUGAAGCCCUAGGUGCGGACGUGCAUCGACUUUUGAUCGCUCCGACUUCCAAGUCAUUCGUCAAGAAAAAGGCCGCGUUGACUCUUCUCCGUCUCUAUCGCAAACACCCCAGCAUCGUGCAGCAGGAGUGGGCAGAGCGAAUUAUCUCCCUCAUGGACGAUCCUGACCUGGGAGUCACAUUAUCUGUCACCUCGCUUGUUAUGGCAUUGGUCCAGGCCAACCCAGAGCAAUACAAGGGCAGCUAUGUCAAAGCCGCCCAGCGGCUAAAGAAGAUCGUGGUGGACAAUGAGGUGCCUGCUGACUAUUUCUACUAUCGCGUUCCGUGCCCGUGGCUUCAAGUGAAACUGCUUCGGCUUCUGCAGUAUUACCCGCCCUCUGAGGAUACGCAUGUUCGACAACUCAUCCGGGAAUCGCUUCAGCAGAUCAUGCAUAAUGCGAUGGACACGCCCAAGAAUGUCCAACAGAACAAUGCCCAAAACGCCGUUCUUUUUGAAGCCAUCAAUCUUCUGAUUCACCUUGAUACGGAACACGAUCUCAUGAUGCAAAUCUCUGCCCGACUUGGGAAAUUUAUUCAGUCGCGUGAGACCAACGUUCGGUACCUCGGACUCGAGGCUAUGACACACUUCGCCGCCAGGGCUGAGACCCUGGAUCCCAUCAAGAAACACCAGUCCUUCAUUCUCGGCUCGCUGAGAGAUCGUGACAUCAGUGUCCGGCGCAAGGGUCUUGAUCUAAUCUAUAGCAUGUGUGACACGACCAAUGCGCGGCCGAUCGUGGCUGAACUGCUUUCGUAUCUACAGUCAGCAGACUAUGCCAUCCGGGAGGAGAUGGUCUUGAAGAUUGCCAUCCUGGCGGAGAAAUAUGCCACCGAUGCUCGAUGGUACAUCGAUACGUCUUUGAGACUCCUUGCCUUGGGGGGCGACCAUGUUAGCGACGAGGUGUGGCAACGGGUGAUUCAGAUCGUCACCAACAACGAAGAACUCCAGGCCUAUGCUGCAGACCACCUCCUCCAAUAUCUCAAGGGCGACUGCCAUGACAGCCUGAUCAAGAUCGGCAGUUAUAUAUUGGGCGAAUUUGGCCAUCUGAUCGCAGAUAACAAGGGCUGCAGUCCGAUUGAGCAAUUCCUGGCUCUGCAGUCCAAGAUGUUUUCGUGUUCUGACAAUACGCGAGCCAUGAUUCUUUCCGCGUUCAUCAAGUUCGUGAACCUCUUCCCUGAGAUAAAGCCCCAGCUUCUGCAGAUGUUCCGUCUCUACAGCCACUCCCCGGAUCCCGAGUUGCAGCAAAGAGCGUUUGAGUACCUCAAGCUGGCGACGCUACCGACGGACGAUCUCCUUCGAACGGUUUGCGAUGAGAUGCCGCCGUUCUCGGAGAGGGCGUCGGCCUUGCUGUCCCGCCUGCACCAGAAGACCGCUGGCACAAGUGACAAGAAGACAUGGGUCGUGGGAGGCAAGGAUGCCAACAAGGACCAGAAAGAGAUCAUGAUGGCACAGAAUACCGGCCUGAAGCGGUCAUUCACGACUAUUGUCAAUGGGGGCACUAACGGCACGAAUGGCGCAGUCAAGGGCUCUGCCUCGGAAGAUCUUGCAGGACUUGAUCUGACCGGGAGCAGCGAACCGGCGGCGCCCAACCUCGCCAGCGCCGCCCACCUGAGCCCCGACUGGGAGAUUGGAUACAACCGGCUGUACUUUGCUGACGAAGGCGUCCUCUUCGAAGAUGCCCAGAUCCAGGUGGGCCUGCGGUCCGAGUACCGCGCGCACCUGGGUGUUGUCAAACUCUAUUUCACGAAUAAAGCGUCAUUUUCGAUCGGAUCGUUUACGACGACUCUGGACAACCGGUCCCAUCCGAACCUGAAGAUUGACACGAAGAGCCUGCCGGAUUCGAUGGUCCCGCCGGCGGGUCAGACACAGCAGACACUGUUUUUUGAAGCUAACGGCGCUUUUUCGGAUGCGCCGACCAUCAGGAUAUCGUAUCUUGCCGGCGCCCUGCAGGCAUAUACGCUGCAGCUGCCGAUUCUGAUGCACCGAUACAUGGACCCGUCGGAGCUGUCGGUGGAGGAUUUCUUCAAGCGAUGGAGACAGAUCGGUGGACCGCCGUUGGAAGCUCAGAAGACAUUUGGCGUUACAGCUAAAGGACGGACCAUCAACGAGACGUUUACGCGGAGGAUAGUAGACGGGUUCCGGUGGAAGAUCCUGAAUGGGGUUGAUCCCAACCCGAAGAACGUCGUUGGAUGCGCCGUCUACCAGGCGCAGGGAGGCAAGACCGGCUGUUUGCUACGGCUGGAGCCGAAUUAUGAGAAGAAUAUGUACCGCAUCACGAUCCGGGCGACGCAGGAGCACGUCCCCCAGGCGCUAGUCCGCCAGAUGGAGCAGAAACUGUCCCAAGGUACGACCAUGGACAGUGAUCGAUGA